AUGAAGAACAGCUUCCAAAUCGAUGGCGGCGCGCCGCCACCGUACUCCGAAGCUGUCGGCCCUGUACCCAACUUUAGGCACGAGAAGGCGUCUGCGACGGUGUACGAGGCGCCAGUGGUGGCUACACCAGCGCGAUCAUGUUUUCUACGAAGGAUCUGGAGGCUCUUGACAACCUCGCGGGUUCAAAGGCGCCAACAACGCAAGUCACGUCUCGCCGAGCAGCAGCAACAAGCCCCAAGGACGAUCCCGUCGCCCACACCACAGCAGCAGCAACAACCGGACAUCGCACCAGAUAGUUCAUCACGACCAGAGACCGGGAGAUGGGAAGCGCCAGAGAGCUUGAGCACCGUUCAGCGAACAGUCCCCAUGGUGAAUUGUUUCCAGUACACCAUCUCUAGCCAGCACUGCCCCAUCGACUUUGUCACACCGGAUGAUGUGGAAGCUGCGCCAUGGAUUGCGGAGGUCCAUUUCGGCGUCGACGACCUAAACACACAACUACCCCUCAACCCACCAUGGGCCGAGAACAUCCACCGAUGCUGGCAAGACAAGAUCAGUGCCGAGGAGCACCCGCUGCUCUCCGACGAGCGGCUGUUUGUUCGGAGGAUCGAGAUGGGCUACUCGCGAGUUGGGGAGGCCGGUCGGUUGGAGUGGGCGGUGGCUAUUGAUAUCUGGCACCAAGAUGCGCAGUGGCUGGCCGAUCUGCCGUACGAGGCGAUGGCGGCUAUGACGGGGCAUGAUUCCAUGAUCCGCGCCUCUGGCACAAUAUUUCCCGUGGACAAACCCCUGGAGUCGGGUAAGGUAUUUUACUUGCAGUUCCCGAAACCAGUUGAAGAUUUCUACUGCGAGGACUGGCCCGACCUUGAGGGUGAGAAGUUCGCAUCGGAGAGCGCGCUUCUCAAAGUCUUGGGCGUAGACAGGCCGGAGCUCCGCGAGCAGCUUGGGCGGUUUUUCAAUCCGCCGGCUCGCGAAUGA